AUGCCUACUUGGGGUAUGGGGGAAGCUACUCGUGGAGGAGCAUAUGGAGUAGUAAAGCUCUUGUUAAAGAAGGCAUUAUAUGGCGAAUUGGGAGUGGGAAGGAGGUUUAUCACAAGCCAAGAAGUGGUGGGUUUAUCAACUGUUAGUGAUCUGAUUGAUGAGCAUUCGAGAGAGUGGAAGACUGACAUUAUAGCAGAAAAUUUCAAUGAGCGUGACCAAAAAUGUAUCUUGUCAAUUCCGAUUAACUCUACGGUGACAAAGGAUAUGUUAACAUGGGCGUUCUCUAAGGACGGGUUAUACUCAGCAAAAACAGCCUAUAUGUUGGGAAAAGGUUGCAAUCUUAAUGAUUUCCACCAAGCGUGGGUGGAAACUUGGGGUAUGAAUGUAUCGCCAAAGGAAGAAACAAGUGCUCAUGUGCUUUUAGAUUGCAUCCGAGUUCAGGAGCUGUGGGAGGAGAGUAAAUGUGAAGACCUGCUGCUUGACAGACGUGGGAAUUGGUGUGAUUUGGUUGCUAGAUGGAAGAACAUUGAUGGCAAAUUGAAACGGAAAGCUGCCUUUCUAAUGUGGAUUAUAUGGGGUGAACGUAAUAAAAAGAUUUUCGAAGGAACCAUCACCCCGAAUGAUGUCCUUCUUGCGAGAUUAUUUUGUUUGAUUGAGGAGUUUGACUGCCAUACAAAGAAGAUAUACAAUAUUCGUCAAUCGAAGCCAAAAAAGAGCCCUGCUAGGUGGAUAUCCCUGCCACAAGGAGUUAUAAAAAUAAACUCUGAUGCGAGUUUGGCAGAGGAAGGGUGGGUAGGGAUGGGUGUGGUGGCUCGAGACAACAAGGGGGAGGUGCUAUUUUCGGCGUGUAGAAGAGUGAAAGCAUGGUGGCCAGCUGAAAUAGCAGAAGGUAAGGCACUUGUUAUGGCUAUAAAGCUUGCAAAAAGGCAGGGGUUCAAGGAUGUCAUUCUCGAAUCCGAUUGUGAAGUCCUAAUAAAUAGGCUAUCCAAGGCUGCUUUGUUCUUCUCUGACUUUGAUGGUGUUCUUGAGGAUAUCAUCUCUUUGAGUAGAGAUUUCUCCUCUGUAGGUUGGUUUCAUGUAAAGAGGGGAGGAAAUUAUGUUGCUCAUUAUUUAGCUAGAAUCAUACCUUUUGGAACCGAGCAAAUGUGGAUUAAUCAUUGUCCCACAUCUAUUGCUCCCUAUGUACUCUCGGACACUAUGUCUCUUGAUUAA